AUGUUAAAAAGGGAAAGAAGAGAAUCGGUAGCUCCAGAAUUUAUUCGUGUCAAAAGGAGAAGGAACCAAGAUUCCGUUCAAGCACUUCUACUUGAUGAGGAUAAGAAACGAAAAAACUCUACUUUUAUAUUUAAACUUACAAAGACAGUUAAUCCAAGCAGUUAUGAAAGUGAACAAGAAGCUUCUACUCCAUUGUUGAAACUUUCUAAUGUAGAUAAUCGUCAUUUCGUCCUUGAACAACAUGGGAAGAGACGCCGUGAUUCCGAAGAUGACGAGGGCAACCCUUCUUUGGAGGAAGGUAAGAAUGAAGCAAAAGACGACGAAUUACCACCUGAAAUAAACCAAAUGAUUGAGCAAUACCUUACUUUGACUAAAAAAGAAAAAACUGGCGAUAAUACAAGGAGGAAGAAACCAAGUAAGAAACAUUUUACUGGAGAAUCUGCUAAGAUCGCAACUUUGCCCAGCCUAGAUUAUGUGUAUGAUAUCUAUCACCUUGAAAGUGUCCCUGAAGAUGAAAUGACAAGGUAUGAACAACAAAAUGUCGGAUUUGUCAAAAUUGUUAAUAAAGAUAUGGACCUUCUCCCGGAUGAGGAAGAAGAUUCAAACAAUGAAAUACGUUCUGACGAUGAGGAUUCAAAUGAAGAAAACUAUUACCAGAAUGACUAUCCUGAGGAUGAGGACGAUGAUAGAUCUGUAUUAUUUGGUAGCGAAGGAGAAGAGAUAGCGGAGGAAGAAGAUGAAAAGAAUAACAAACAACCGUGGAAUUAUGAUAAAAUUUUAAGAGCUGAUGAAGGAGAUAAUGCUAAUGAUAAUGAUGAAUAUACAGAGUUAUUCAACAAAUUAGAUGGCAGUGGCAACAUUUUGAAAUCCAUCAACAAAAAUAAUUUUGUUGACCUGGACAAACCUACUGAUGCGACAGAGGCAACUGACAGUGACGCUGAAGAGGAAGAUAUAGAUGUAGAUUUCAAUGAAUUAGACCAUGAUAAUAGUUUAAUGACGGAUUAUGGUGAAGAUAUUUAUCCAAGGAACAACUUCUUUCCAACUGAUGAAGAUGAUCCUCUGGCUCAACAUCGAGAUAGAAUAUUUGGUCAAUUACAGAAGAAAAUUGACGAACAUUAA